UAAACAGGGAUCUUUACUACUACUGAAUAAAAAUGUAUCUAGGCAUCAAGACAAAGAUACAUAACUAACAAGAUAAAAUCAAUGAAAAUAUCGUAAAACAGUGGGCUGGAUUUGUCAGGCUGACGUCUCCGUGUUGUCUCCUCCUCCCCCAGCUCUGUGGGUGGGAGGGGGUGUCGCGUCUCUCGGCUCGGCUCGGCUCGGCUCGGCUUGGCUUCAUGAUCUCUUGCUAGCACACGGUCGCCUGACAAAUCCAGUAUGGAUCGUUUACAAGAAUAAUGAAAACUAGCGAUUAUCAUCGUGGCAGCUGCUUCUGUUGCAGACGUCCCCCUGAAGAGAGUGAGUAGCUAUGGCUGAACAAGACAUUUGUCCUCACCUGGACUCCAUAGGAGAGGUCACCAAGGAGGACCUCCUCCAGAAAUCCAAGGGAACUUGCCAGUCUUGUGGAGCAGGGGGCCCAAACCUGUGGGCCUGUCUGCAGAGUGACUGCCCAUAUGUUGGUUGUGGAGAGUCCUUCUCUGAUCACAGCACCCUGCACGCACAGGCUAAGAAGCACAACCUGACUGUGAACCUGACGACAUUCAGGAUCUGGUGUUACGUGUGUGAGCGGGAGGUGUUUUUGGAGCACAGGCCUGCCCUGGUGCCUGUACCUGCUGUACCUGCUGUACCUGCUGUACCCCAACACUGUAAAGCCACAGAGCAGGAAGUAGCUCCUCAGCCACUAGGUCACCCACUAAAAGCCGUACCAAUUGCUGUGGCAGAAGAAGACGGUUCAGAGUCUGAGGAGGAUGAGCUUAAACCCAGAGGCUUGACUGGAAUGAAAAAUAUUGGAAACUCCUGCUACAUGAAUGCAGCUCUUCAAGCUCUGUCCAACUGUCCUCCUCUCACUCAGUUCUUCCUGGACUGCAGUGGAUUGGUCCGGACAGAUAAGAAGCCUGCUCUCUGUAAAAGCUACCAGAAACUCAUUUCAGAGCUCUGGCAUAAAAAACGGCCCAGCUAUGUCGUCCCUACCAGUCUGUCUCAUGGCAUCAAACUAGUAAACCCCAUGUUUCGUGGUUACGCUCAGCAGGUAGGGGCAAGCACCCAGCAGGACACUCAGGAGUUCCUGCGCUGUCUGAUGGACCAGUUACACGAAGAGCUGAAGGAGCCUCUGACAGAGUGCAGCAUGAGCGGGGAGGGAAGUGAUGGUGAGGAGAUAAGAGAUGGAGACCGCUCCCCGUCUGAGGAUGAAUUCCUAUCCUGCGACUCUGGCUCCAGCAGUGACCGGGGGGAGGGAGGGGGAGCGGGUGACAGCGAGCUGCUCCUGCAGGAUGAGUGUGACGGGGUCAGGUCACCGGCAGGAGGGAUAGUGGGCGUCAGUACCGGCGGGGUGAUCUCGGAGAAGGAGAGGCUGAAGGAAAGGAGGGUGUCAGGCUCACCCCUCCGUGGAGGCUCGCAAGAGAUGGAUGAGGAUGCUGAUGUGGACACAGCAGCUGAGGAGGGGGCUCCUGAGAGGGGAGAGGAAGAGGAGUUAACGCCAACCACAAACACUGAAGUCCAAAGCCAAGAGAACAACCAGGUAUCUGAUACUGGGCAAGGGCAAGGCCAGAGCAACAACACCUCAGAGCCAGACAAUGAAGUGUCAAUGACCCAGCCCCAGUCCACUCCCUGCAGUCCUGUGCGAACCCUUCAGGAGCUGCAUCCCAAACUGUCCUGCAGUCCACCUCGCUCCAGCCCCCUCCGCUCUGCAGCACCUGCGUACUCCUUCAAAAAAGCUCAGCUGCUGCUCAGUUCCAGGAAGAAGAAACAGUCUCACUAUCGCAGUGUGAUCUCUGACAUCUUCGAUGGCUCUAUCCUCAGUCUGGUGCAGUGUUUAACCUGUGACAGGGUCUCUACUACAGUGGAAACCUUCCAAGACUUGUCCCUCCCUAUUCCUGGUAAAGAGGACUUGGCCAAGCUCCACUCCUCCAUACAUCAGAACCUUCCAGUCAAGACUGGUGUGUGUCCCGACACUUACAGCUCGCAGGGCUGGAUCUCUUACAUCAUGGACUCCAUACGCCGGUUCGUAGUCUCAUGUAUCCCCACUUGGUUUUGGGGGCCUAUGGUAACCUUAGAGGACUGCCUUGCUGCCUUCUUUGCUGCAGAUGAACUCAAAGGGGACAACAUGUACAGCUGUGAGAGAUGUAAAAAGUUGAGAAAUGGUGUCAAAUAUUGCAAAGUACUUAGACUUCCGGAGAUUCUGUGCAUUCACCUAAAACGCUUCCGGCACGAGGUCAUGUAUUCGUUCAAGAUUAGCAGCCACGUAUCCUUCCCAUUGGAGGGCCUUGACAUGCGACCUUUCCUGGCUAAAGAGAGUGCAUCCCAAGUCACCACCUACGAUCUACUGUCAGUCAUUUGUCACCAUGGCACUGCAGGAAGUGGACACUACAUAGCUUACUGUCAGAAUGUGAUCAAUGGCCAGUGGUAUGAGUUUGAUGACCAGUAUGUCACAGAAGUCCAUGAGACGGUGGUGCAGAAUGCAGAGGCCUAUGUGUUGUUCUAUAGGAAAAGUAGUGAGGAGUCAGUGAGAGAGAGGCAGAAGGUGGUGGCUCUGGCCAAUAUGAAGGAGCCCAGCCUGUUGCAAUUUUAUAUCUCCAGAGAAUGGCUGAACAAGUUCAACACCUUCGCUGAACCAGGCCCCAUCAGCAACCACACAUUUCUUUGUCAGCAUGGAGGGAUCCCUCCUAAUAAAUACCACUACAUAGAUGACCUGGUUGUGAUUGUUCCCCAGAAUGUGUGGGAGUACCUUUACAACAGUUUUGGAGGUGGCCCAGCAGUGAACCACCUGUAUAUGUGCACCAUCUGCCAGGUGGAGAUUGAAGCUCUGGCUAAACGCAGAAAAAUGGAAAUAGACACCUUCAUCAAGCUGAACAAAGAGUUUCAGGCUGAGGAGGCUCCGACAGUGAUCCUGUGCAUCAGCAUGCAGUGGUUCAGAGAGUGGGAGAGCUUUGUGAAGGGCAAAGACAAUGAGCCACCUGGUCCUAUUGACAACAGUAAAAUCGGUGUUAUGAAAGGAGGACACAUACAACUCAAGCAAGGUGCAGACUAUGGUCAGAUCUCAGAGGAGACAUGGCAGUACUUAUUGGGUAUUUAUGGUGGAGGCCCUGAGAUCGCAGUGAGACAGACAGUGGCCCCGGCUGACCCUGAUAGCCUUCAUGGAGAGAGGAAGAUUGAGGCAGAGACCAGAGCACUUUGAGAUAAAAAGAGGUCUUCUGAUUUCCCUUUCCACUCCUGUCCUCACAGGAAGCUGAGGAAUUGCACCUUGGUGAAGAAACCUCGCCGUGAGCACUUUGUAAAUGUAGCAAUGCAUUAUUCUGAAGCCAAGAGGGUGAAACGGUACUUUAAAUGUCACAUAGUUUAUUUAUUGGAUAACUCUGAUCCUCAAUGUUCACGUCAUCUCACAUCUCUGGAGCUGUUUUUGGUAGCUAUGGUGUUUCAGUGGCUGCUGUAGUGACUAGGUGUCAUAUACUGCUAAACUGGCUGUGGCAGGCCGAUAGCUGCUGGUGUCAUGAACCAGUACGCUGAGGAGGAGAACAGAACUACAGUGUGAUGUUUGGUUUGUUUUUUUCAUUGGAAGCAACAACCAAGAGACAUUAACUUAAGCUUUUUGUUGUUUGCCUGUCUACUAGUUACAUAGCAACAGGUUCAAACAUCAAGUGAGAGAUAUUGCAUAAAUCUUACUCUUGCACCUCCACCUUAAAGCUAGGGUCGGUAACGUUGGAGAAACUAGCAAGAGACAGCUAGGUUUUGAAAAUAUCCAACUGAAAAAAUCCCACCCCCUCCCUUCAAGCCUCCCUCCAAAGCUUCUCCCCCAAACCACAUUUUCAUGUGCAAUGAGUGCAUGGGCAGAGUGCGCACAGGUAGACAUGUAGGCAGGUAUGUAGGUAGGCAGGUAGGCAGGCUUGCCACAGGCCUGCGACAGCCACAGAUACCGGGUUGUUUUUUUUUGUUUUUGUUUUUUCUCCAGACUAUUUGAUUUUUUGAUUGCUGUCGGGAUGUAAAGACAAUUUCAACAAAUAUAACAAAAAAUGCUUCUGAAAUACAUUACCUACCCUAGCUUUAAAUACAAAGUAUAAUGGAGCCCUCAGGGAAUGGAAGUCUUUUUUUGUGAAAUGGUCAGAUUAAUGCAGUAUAACAAAAUGUGCAUGUGUUCCAAAAGACCAUUUUCAGGGUAAUUUGUAUUUCAAAAGCUUCAAAAUGCAUGUAACUGCAACUCCUAUUUUUUGGGACCUGUAAGGACAGUUCACUGACACAAUGAAGUGUUAAGUUUGUUUGCUCAAACAUACAAUAACAUCAUUAUGUGUUAAAAAAUUAUGAAAAUCUUGAGUAACUCCAUAAAUAGGAAUCUGGCAUAUAGAUAUAUGGCUAUGAUUUAGAGAAAUAGCUCAUUUCUGAAAAGACAAACUAAUUUAAUAGACGUCAUAUACGGCAAGAGUGCAGGAGUUAAGUAAAAAGAGGAUGACAGAGGAUGCAGUAAUGGUAAUAAGAGAAUCUUUUGCAACAAAAUAUCUUAACUGGCUUUUCUGAUAAUAGCUUACAUAGUAAGUUUAUAAUUCUUCUAAAACAUCACAGUGUGAAUUACCUCAUAUCAGUUUUUGAGAAGAGUUCAUUCCAAAAAGACCAGGUAUGCCAUACCUGUUUAAAAAGAAGAGAGAGCAUUUUUUCCCCCACCAUUUAACAAUUGAGCAAGAAAGAAAUAAUCUGACGUCACAAAGGAUUAGCACAACAUGCACAGACCUGUUACAACAGUAAGGUCAUGGUUUAUGAUCAAGUAUAUUUUCAUAUUUCUGAAUAAUAUCUUAAUAGCACCUGUAGUAGGGAUGUUACACAAUGAGGUAUUUGCUUAUAAAAAUAUUUGAGCAUCAUCAUUAGACACCAUGGCUUGUUUAUUCAAAUUAUAUUCUGGUGUAUAGCCUGGCAUCGCCAGAAUAAGUCGCAAAUGCGUAUUAUGCUGCGUUCCAGACAACUCGGAACUCGAAUAUUUCCGACCUCCUACUAGAAAAAUGUGAACUUGUGAACUCGGAGCAAAUUCAUUUACCCCGACUUCAUGAAGAAGCAGUUGUCUGACGUCACACAACAAUGGCCGCACCCAUGGAGCUCACGUUAGGCUACAUUUCAAUCAUUAGGGGACACUGAACGGCUAUUCAGGCUAUUAUGCUGUGUUCCAGACAACUCUGAACUUGAAAAUUUCCAACAUCCUGUUUGGAAAAAGUUCAGUGGAACGCCACUCAAAGUCGGAGUUCCUACUUGAACUCGGGGCGUCACACUGACGUCACACGACAACAAUAAAACCAUGGAAGUGAACAUUGUAAAGUAUUUAAGUAUUUAUAAAACCUGUUAAUGUAAAUUGAUGUCAAAAUAUGUCACCAAUAUUAUUAGGUAGCUGGUUACGGUAAACAAUCUCUGAAAGUCAUCAUCUCUGCACAAGUUAUUCGGGAAAAUGUUGAAAAUGCCAAAAAAUGUGAAAACAUUAGGAAAUAUACAACGGUCAGCCAUGUCUUUUGUUUGGCGUUGUGCACCUGGAACGCUUGGAGGGCGUAAAUCCCGACCGCCGACAUCGUCUGGAACGCAGCAUUAGACACAUCCAGGAAGUGAUGAAUCAGAACGCUCCCCUUAUCACAGCGCUCUGUGUCGAGAUAACUGGAUUCAGAUGUUGUGCUUCUCUUGUCUUUUUUAAAUAUCUUUUCAUCACAUAUAUAAGAUUGGUAAACCAGGCUGUGCAGUGCAAUUUACCAACAACAUUUAAGCUCGUUAUUGACGUCUGGUUUCCAUUUGAAGCAGCCAACAUGCAGAGUUGCUCAGAGCAUUUUUUUAUUUGAUAAAUGAUCGCUGUUACUAAGUUUUAAUCUGAAAAAUCAAUAGUAACGUUACAUAUUGUUGUGUAGAUUUUUCCUAAAAUGUGCAAUUCAUUUUACACCACAAUCAAUACAAGAAUAGUGCCAGGGUAAAAUCUAUGAGAAAUGGCAGAGUGUAGUUCAACUUUAGUCCUCCUCUAUCUCAUUGUAGAUAAAUCACAUGCUUGCCUUUUUUUACUGUACAGAUCUGCAUAGGCAAAGUUUGCCACCACAUUGUAAGCACUUAAAGCCUAGCAUUGGGAGUAACACAAGAUAACAAUAAUGUCGAGUGUAACUGCUUUUCUGUCUCUUUAAUAUAAUAAAUAGUCUAAUUUACUGAUUAUUAUUAAUAGAUACCCAUUUUGAAAGCCCAAACUUUAAUUAUUUAUUAUUUUUCUGUUAAAUUGAAUUAUUAUUAAUGUUUAAAUAGCACAAUUCAUUUAAAUUGUUUAUAAAAUUACAAGAUAGUAUUAAAUGAAAAAUUCUAAAUUUAUAGUCGAUUUACAUUUACUGUUUGAUGGUAUAACCCCCUGAGUCAUAUUACAAGUACCAAAAACUAACACAAUUAAUAAAUUGUUUUUAAAUCUUUUUGUUUAUUAAUAAUCAUUAAGGUAGUAAUUAUACUUAUUAGACAUGCACAGAAAAACCUCCAGAAGUAGGAGAUCCACUAGGAUAAAUUCUGCUUCUCAGCUAUUACCAGUCUAAAAGGCCACAAGACGUGUUAGUAAAUAUUAACGAGUGACAGCACAGCAUCUUGAAGUCUAUUUGUGAACGGAAAAGAAGCAAGAGUCACUUGCAAAAACCCGUAAUUUUCAGUGUUCAAUGAUCACUGAUUUUAAUGUUUAAUGACCAUGCAUUCACAUAGGGAAACAGUAGUUCUUACCUUCAGAUUUUCCCCCCUUUUUUUGCACGUGUAAAGCAUUAGAAUAAUGAGAUCUGAAAUAUAGACAAGCAAAUUAUAACCUAAAAUGUAAAGAAUUUGAUAAUGUAUUAAUUUAUGAUCUGCAAUACAGUCAUCCUACCUUGGAAUACAGUGCCUUCAAGCCCCUAGACACCCACAAUGCAACUUCACUGGUAUUUUGUAAAAACAUAUUUUGCCUGAUUACAGCUGUGUAGGCACGUACAGGUGGUAUGUGCCCACAUUGACAUUUUUGGUGACCUCAUGUAAAUUCCCAGCUUAGCUAUGCUCAACUGAGCCGAGGUCUAAUCAGCCAGGAUAAGUGAAAACACCUGUGUAGCUGUGCAGGGGCUUCAGUAAAUUUUCCAUCCACCUUGACUUUAGAAAGGUCUAUAUAUCUGUGUACCAUUAAAUCUCCCAGCUGUAUUUCAUUGUAAGAUCAGUCAGAAAAGGUGAUAUUGAUCACAUAAAUUCAAUUAGAAUGCGACACAUUAUACAAUGUUUGUGUAUGGAGGGGGAUGAUGUAGAAAUGCACAUGAAAUGAGAAGGGUAUUCAAAAUGCCCAUUAAUUAAAAGAUGUGAAAGUUAUUGUUAAAGGAAUAGUUUCCAUUAGAAGACAUUUUGGGCUUUCUUUAUCGGCUUUCUUGCUGAAAGUUGGAUGAGAAGAUUGAUACCACACUCAUGUCUGUAUGGUAAAUGUGAAGCUACCACCAGCAGCCAGUUAGCUUAGCUUGGCAGAAAGACUGGAGGGAAAUAUCAGGCUCUUUAGCUGCUAAAUGCUCCACUAUGUUCACCAGCUAGUCGCUAACUGUGUCGGUCUGCCGUUUGGUGCUGAGCAGGUAGUGAACAGUGGGAUUUUAGAGCAUUUUAAGUGAGUAGUGAGAGUGAACCAAAACAAUAAAGUUGUGGGCCGGACAGUCAAACAAUGAGCUGAAACUCGCCAUAAAGCUGCGUAAAGUUGAGGCGAGCUGCAGAUUCAGGUGAUAAUUCUCUGUAGGUUCAUCACUACGAGUGACCCCUUUCACAUUGUCACAUUGUUUUCACAUUGUCAAUUGAUACAUUGUUAUAAAAAAAUAAAUCAAUUAUAGCUGUUUGAACGGUUGCAUUAAAACUUAUAGUUUCCUGGCCCUCUCAGAAAUUGAAUACAUGGAGAACACCAAACCUAAAUCUGCGGUUGAGGCUCAGAGUCCCCCCUGCCUAGCCUGGGACCAAAACAAUUAAAUACUAAGUGGAAAGCUGCCAUCAUUAAUGUUAUUAAUUUCACUUGAAAUUUUCACACUAUGACUUGUCAAACGUCAGCCAUGUCUAUUAACUUUAUUCUGGACCAGGGCCUAUAAUAAUCCAUGUCUCCUUGUUUUGUUUGUUGAUGUGUCCAAUGAGCAAUUAAAGAUGACACUGAUUUGUCCAUUUGUCUUAAGAAAACUGUUUUGUAGUGUUUUGUUUUCACACAUAUCCAGUCAAGAGAUAAUAUUAAUACUAAGGGGAUGUGUGUGCUAUGUUUAGAUACUUUUUGGGGGAGUAAGUGCAAUGAAAAAAAAAAGUCUUUGUGCAAUCGUAGCUCUAUCAUCAAAGAGACGCUGGACAGCAGUUUGAACAGCUGACAGUAAAAAUGGGGAAGUGCAGCUUAUUAUAUUGCAGUGUUAAGAAAUGUCGAGUGGUGAUUACGUAGUUAUUCCCACGUGUGUGCUUCUGUUACAGCACAUGGCUAUGCGUGUGAGAUUUCCAUUUGAACAUUUUACUGGAAAAUACAAGCAUUGCUGUGAUUGGACAGUGUUCAUCAUUACUAUCAUGUCAGCAAGAGUCAUGUUUUACCUACAUUUUACAGUGUGUGGCUGUUGUGGUCAUGAUGCUUUGAUAACAUGGGACAAUUCAAUGGGAUGUCUUAAUGUCUGUAUAACUGAUGUAAUUACUCAUGACUGGUUAAAUGAUUAAAAUUGCCUGGUCUUUGAUUUGA